UUGUGAACUUUUGUUUAUUACUAUAUACAUUAUCUGUGCUUUUGUUUCGUGAAGGUUAUGUUUCGUAAAGUGUGUAAUGUAAUGUUUUGAUAAUGUAACAAACAAAGAUAUAAAAGUAAGAAGACCUUCAAAAAUGUCCCUAUACCCGGCGAUGUGCCGCAUCUGCCUGGCGGUAGACGUACGAUUGUUACCCAUCGCUGGGUCUCUGCAGAGCGUCUUUGAAAAGCUUACAGAUACUGCCCUCCACACGGCCGACGGGAGGCCAGUGACAGCAUGUUAUAUCUGCCACGCUCAGCUGCUGAAGAGUCACAAGCUAAUGUUAACCUCCGCCAGAGCAGAGACUGUUCUGAGUGAUGUAUUUUUUCAAUAUAAUGAGAUAAGUCUCAACAAUUUAUCAAUCUACGACCAUGAUGUUUAUGGUCUAUCUGGGUCCCUAACAAUCUCUAAAAGUCACUCAGACUCUAUUCCGUCAUCGGAGGAGUUGAAAAAGGAUACUGACUCUGCAUGUUACAAUGAUUGUAUAGAAACGGAGGAAUAUGCAGAGAUUGAUGUGUGCGAACAGGCUUCAGACUGUACGGAGUACGUUAAAGACGAUAACAUACCGACGGGCGGCGUUCUUGUUAAACAAGAAAUUGAAAUACAGGAAGACUUCCCGGAGCCCUAUCGAGUGACAGUCACCGGUGUGAAAGUGGAAACUGUCAGUUCUGAUGAUGGAGACAAAUGUGACUCUGUUCCGGCGGACGAAGCGAUAUGGGAAGAUUGGAACAUUUUCGACGAGCACAGUUAUGUUUUAUUGAAAGAAAAGAAAAUAAAAAGCUUGGUGCAGAAGAGAGGGAGAAAGAAGAAGAAUUUGACUUCUUUGAACGGUGACGUUGAUGGCGUCAAAAUACCGAAGUCACGACGGCCGAGAAACCCGAGGGAAUGUUACAAAUGUGAAGUUUGUCGCAGAGAUUUUAAUUAUAAAUAUCUUUUUGUCAACCAUUUGAGAACACAUACCGGCGUGAAACCUUACAAAUGUUGCAUUUGCGACCUCGCAUUUCCUUCACAAACCGGUUUAAAACUACAUUUAUGUGCACAUGACGGUGAGAAACACGACAACGAUGUUUCUCAACAAACAAUCGAGAAACAAUACGAAUGUCAUGUGUGCAAUCAUGUAUUUUUUAAGAGCAGCAAUUUAGUAAAUCAUUUGCGUAUGCACAAAGGUGAGAAACUAUUCCAUUGUGAUGUGUGUAAACGUGAAUUCACAGAGAGAUCAACGCUGGUCCGUCACAUGAGAAUCCACACGAACGAGAAACCGUUUCAGUGUGACGUGUGUCAAAAAAGGUUUGGCCGGAGGAAUAAUUUGAAACGGCAUUACAUGAUGCACACGGGCGAGAAACCGUACAAGUGUAAUUUUUGUCCGAAAAAUUUUAGAGAAGUGAAUUCUCUGCAGUUCCAUUUGAGAACGCACACGGGUGAGAAACCUCACGAAUGCGCCAUUUGCGGCAGUCGGUUUAGUAGAUCACACCAUUUGAAAUUUCAUUUGAAAAUUCACAUUGGCGACAAAAGUGUACUAUAAUAAAUAAUGAGCCGUCUGGUUUCCAGCACUUUAAAAUAUAACCAGUCAAUAUCUUUCUCAUGGAUGUUGUAAAAGGCGACUAAGGGAUUAUAAACUUGGGAUUCAUUUUUGAGACGAUGUUCUAGCGACCUGUCACUGUUAAUUCCAAUUCCAUUAGUAAACCAUACAGCUGAACGUGGCCUGUCAGUCUUGUCAAGACUGUUGGCUUACAAGGGAUAUAGAAGAGAAUACAUGUAUAAUUGUGAAGGUUGCGGAGGUCAGAUGGCAGUCUCUUCUUGUACAAGAUACAUUUAACCUAAAAUUGCCAACUUUCAAAGCUAUCCUUUUCCCAGUACUUCUCGAUGAUGUGAAUGAUAAAAAUAAGU